UUAAAAUGUGCCUCCGUCCUUCUGACUGUCAGUCAGCUCAAAUUAUUUGUUGUCAUCAAGAUGGAGUUUUUAUUGGGGAAUCCAUAUAGCACUCCAGUGGGGCAAUGCAUAGAAAAGGCCACGGACGGCUCUCUACAGAGCGAAGACUGGACUCUGAAUAUGGAGAUCUGUGACAUCAUCAAUGAGACCGAGGAGGGACCCAAGGAUGCCAUCAGGGCUGUGAAGAAACGACUAAACGGGAAUAAAAACUACCGGGAAGUGAUGCUAGCGCUGACGGUCCUGGAGACCUGCGUGAAGAACUGUGGUCACCGCUUCCACGUCCUGGUCGCCACCCGCGACUUCAUCGACGGCGUCCUCGUCAAGAUAAUCUCUCCCAAGAGCAACCCUCCGACCAUCGUGCAGGACAAGGUGCUCGCUCUGAUCCAGGCCUGGGCGGAUGCCUUCCGGAGCAGCCCAGACCUGACCGGCGUGGUCCACAUCUACGAAGAACUGAAGAGGAAGGGCAUCGAGUUCCCCAUGGCUGACCUGGACGCAUUGUCCCCUAUUCACACUCCUCAGAGGGGAGUGCCUGAAGUGGACCCCGCAACUCACAAGUACAAGGCUGGAACUGCUCAGCAGACAGGCUCCGCCCCCCCUGCCUCUUCUGUGGUGGCCCCUGCCUAUAACGCACCACAGGUCCCCAGUCUGCACAUGUCAGGCUCCAUCAACGCCAACUCGGAACAGAUCGCUCGACUGCGGAGCGAACUAGACAUCGUCCGUGGGAACGCCAAGGUGAUGUCAGAGAUGCUAACUGAGAUGGUCCCGGGACAGGAGGACCCAUCAGAUCUCGAGCUUCUCCAGGAGCUGAAUCGGACCUGCCGGGCCAUGCAGCAGAGGAUAGUGGAGCUCAUCUCGCGCGUCUCCAAUGAAGAGGUGACCGAGGAGCUCCUGCAUGUCAAUGACGACCUCAACAACAUAUUCCUGCGAUAUGAGAGAUAUGAGCGAUAUAGGUCCGGCAGAACCGGACGGAGCUCCAACAAUGAGGUGCUCAGCGAGGCCACAGAAGAUAACCUGAUCGACUUGGGCCCCGGGUCCCCCGCCGUGGUGAGCCCCAUGGUCAGUGUGGCCCCAACUCCUGGCCUGCCUUCUGUGGCCCCCGCCGCCGCUACCACCACCGCCACGCCGGCCACACCGGAUACGCUGUCCACCCAGCUGGCUGGACUCGACGUCAGCAGCAACAGCGUGAGUGGCACCCUGAGGUCGCUGCCCAGGUGCCACCCCAAGGACGACUUCGACAUGUUUGCUCAGACAAGGGGCAGCUCUCUGGCAGACCAGCGCAAAAACGUGAAGUAUGAAGACCCACAGGCGUUGGGUGGCUUGGCCUCCGCCCUGGAUGUUAGGCAACAGAAUACUGGAGGGAAGGGUGAUGAUGCUGAAGAAGGUGUGACAAGUGAAGAGUUUGACAAGUUCUUAGAAGAGCGGGCCAAAGCAGCGGAAACAAGCUUACCGUCGCCACCUGGUGGAAACCCAGCCGCCGCCACCCGCUGCGAGAGCCCCCAGCGGCAGCCGCAAGAAAGCGGAACGAUCUGAGGACGCCCUCUUUGCCUUGUAGGAUGCCCUGAGUCCCGCGCCCCCUCCCCCCCCCGAGCCACCUGGCCACCUCUGCUUUGGCACACAGAACAACAGCCCCCCCCCCCCUCCCCUCCCGCCAGCUAAUUCCUGCCACCCUGCAUAACUGCCACAUUGGCCCAGCUUACUGGGGGUGGAGUACAGACACCAGCUGCCUGUUCCAUUCUGCAUUUUUGUGGGGGCCUGAAGAGUUCACCUACAUUCUCGGUGGUGUUUUGGUUGUGUGUGCGUAUGUGUGUGUGUCUGGGUUUUCAGAAGGGGGUGUAUCCAUGGCUACAUUUAAGAGGGGGGUGUAAUCUAGCACUGUGAGAAAAGCUUCCAUUGUGCUGUCUCCCAUUCUGGAAAAAUCCCAGCAGGACUGUGACAGGCCGAACGCUACUUCGCUGUCGCCACCAGCGCAGGAGUUGGACCUCGCCGGCUCGCUUAGUGCCUCGGCCUCGUUUCAGGUUCGCUCGAGUCUUCCUAGGUUCUGCCGUGCCAGGAUCGGAUGUACCGGGGCAAAAUGAGUGCAUGUGUGGCAGAGGGAUGCAGAUUUAGCGUGUGUCGGCGAGUAAUGAGAGAGACGGGCGGUACAGUGUCAAAGGCGAGCAUCACCACUGGUGCCCCAUGUGCGAGACGACGUGAGAUUGGCUUGCUGAGUCUGCUCCCCUCCCCCCCCCCCCCCCCCCCGAAGACUGCGCCCUAGGCGGCCGCCUAUUUUACCAAAUGGCUUGGCCCAGCAUGUAGGUUUCAAAAGUGGAAAGCACAGCCCUUUUCCUUUUGUGUGGGGGCAUGGGGGGGGGGGGUUCCCUCAGCCCUGGGGUCUGCGACUGGCAUCUGCUCUAGUGUUAUCGUUAAUACCAGUGCUCGUUAAAAACUCGCGCUUGCCUCACCCAUCUGGUAGAGUCUGAAGUAUUUUCACAAACCAUACUGUUCCCCUCUGGAGUUUGGCGCCCGGUUUUUUCGGACUGUGUGCCAGGUAUGAGAUGUUUAAUCAGCGUUCGAUGACCUGCUUUUACAGCCAGUGUUUUUAAUAUUGAUAUAUUGGUUUAAAUCCCUUUAAAAACGUUUGUUCUAAAAGAUUAGCAAGUAUUACAUUCAUUUUAUUCUCUUUUUGUCUUCUGCCACCAAUGCAUUGUAGUAUUCUGUACUUUUAGAAACAAGCACAUAUCUGGACUGUCACCGGGCCCCAGAGACGUCCCAGAUAAUGACAUUAGGCAAAGAAUGUAACAAGACUAAAAGCACUGAAAUAUAAAUCCACUUGGUUGUAUAGUGUACAUCAAGACCUUCAUUUUAUUUUUGGAUUUGGCUAUAUGUUUGUUGUAACAUUUUCCUCUAUACUUAAUUGUGUAAUCUAUACAGUAUGGGGAAAAAGUAACUGAACACAUGUACAAUUGUAACAUAAUUGUGGUAUUUAUCAUUGAGGAAAACCGCCAUCACUUAACUACCCAGCAUUCCCCCCAGAAGCUUUCAUUCAUUGGUGGUGAUUUUUCCACUGUAGUAGAGAAAACCCUCCUAUUUUCCAUCUUUAUUAUUUUUUUUAUGAAUUCUUUAGAAUUAAUGGAACGCAACAGCUGCAGAUCUUUGAUGUUUAUGCAUGCAAGUUUCUCCCCUGUGAGUUUCUAGUCCUCUAUUCCAAGCGUAUUCCUGUGUGUGUUAAUUUUUUUGUCUUUUUUUGAGGGGGGGAGGGGCGGGGGGGGGGGGGGGGUGCCAGGAUUCUCAUUCAUUUUAAUUCUGGCGGCUUCCGGUUAGAUGUGGAGGGCUGUAAACUGACAUCCUUAUUGCUGAGUGCAGGGGGGCUGAAAGUUACCGGUGGCUUGGAGCCUAAGGCCUCUGCUGGCCUCACGAGUCAUUCCAGGUUUUGUAAAAGUAUUAUUACCUUGCGUCAGCUGAGCGGUAAUGUUACCUUCCGAAACUCACCAUUCAGAAGCUGACGGUCCUCUCCACUAACACAGCAUUUAGACAUGUAUAAAGAUAUUAUCCUCUCGGUGUGAGGCUCAUUAACAAAUAAUUUGUACAAUGUACUGUAAAUUUUAUUUGCUGAAAUUUAAAAAAAAAUGUAAUAUUGAUCAACCAGUAUCAUUAAAGUUUAAAAAUACUCGUCCUGCUUGAAGGUUCCUGUUUAUCAGAUUGAUUGUAGGUGCAAGAUCACAUUCGGCAUAAGAAUCUUUUUUCUAAUACUCAUAAAGCUUUCUUUUAAUAUAUUUUAGAAUACUUAAUUAGAAGUAUUUCAGGAAAACCAAAUAUGACAGGACUCCGCCCCCCUGCCCCCCCCCCCCCCCCCCCCCCGGCCCAAAGUGAGGGCACACUAAGGAAACUGGAUCAUUUUGCACAAUUGUCGCUUCACGGUAAUUUGUCGGCUUCCUGUUUUCAUGGGUUAGCAUAACAAACUGUACAUAAUCCAUUAAAGUGCCGCAUUGGGAAGCACGCGGGAGGAGCAGACACGCUCACGUGCCGCCCAUCUACGUUUAACGUCGGAGCCUGGAUGGGUGUACAUACCUGAUUUCGCAAAAGCAGUGUCCCGCUAACCGCUUAAGUCAACCAACGUGUCUGAAGGUUCGACUGGGUGUUCCAGAGGCGUGUUCUGAUACUGUAGGGAGGGUGUGACGGUUUUACCGCGGCACCGUUGCUGGCAUGUGUUGACUGAAGCAUCCGUACGUUUUUGUGGGUGUGCAAGUCUACCGAAGUCGAGCUCAGUGCUGUUUAACCCUUGCAUGUGUUGAACUCCAAUAAAAACACUAGCAGUGUGUGACCUGUU